AUGUCGAAACCAAAAUAUACUUUAAUCAGAGAUCCAAACGAAGAUUUGAGUCAACUUAAAAGUGUCAAUCCUUUGGUCGGAGUAGUGCUCUGUGCUUUAAUUUUUUGCGUGUUGCUUUUAUAUCGAAAUUGUGAAUAUUUAUAUUCGACUAGUGAAAUAUUCAAAGAAAACAAAACUAAUGUGACAUCACAUGAAUUUGAUUUACAAAACGUAUCUAUAGAACCACUAAUAGUUAGGAAUAGCAAAUACUUCGUAAAUACGACACAUUGUCAUAUGCCUUACGCAGAUCCAUUUAGUGCGGAAAUAAAAAAAAUAUUUAAACCACAAAAAUAUAAACCCUGUACUAAUGAUAAACCACUUGUUAGUGUUUUAUAUGACAUGAAUCAGGAAAAGUAUCUAUUAUACAUCGAAAACGAAACCUUCUUAUCACAGCACAAAAAUGCGAAUAACUCUGAGGCUGUAAAUCAGUUGAUUUGCUGUUAUCGUCAAAUAGUACGUACCGGAAGUGGCAGCAAGGCCGAUAAUGCGUUUAAAUUAUUGCCAUGUGAAAAUUUUGUUCAGAAUUUUGUCGUACCCGAGCAUAUUGAAUUCAUCAUUGUGGAAUGUAGAAAAAAUUCUACUUUAAUACAAAAAGAUGCUUUCUCGUUUAUUCAGUAUAAAAAUAAAACCAAGACGAUAACAUCUGAAUCUAUAAGAAAGCCAAGUGUCUUCCUGAUAGGAAUAGAUAGUUUAUCGCGCAUGAAUUUUCGCAGAACUAUGCCUCAGACGCAUCAAUAUUUAGAAGAAAACAAUUGGUUUGAAAUGCAAGGAUAUAAUAAGGUUGGAGACAAUACAUUUCCAAACCUGAUGGCCCUCCUAAAUGGUAAUAAUGAAACUAUAGCCUACAGAGACUGCAAACCGAAAACAGUGGGUGGACUUGAUAACUGCUAUUUCAUCUGGCAAAACUACCAAAACUUUGGUUAUAGAACUGCAUAUGCUGAAGAUGUAGUAUCUUUAAGCACAUUUAACUAUUUAAAGAAAGGCUUUAAAACACCACCAACGGACUACUAUAUACGUCCAAUGGUGUUAGCAUUGGAGAAAAAUUUAAAAGUUCAAAAAAAGGAUGGGUUACCUUAUUGUCUAGGCAGGAAGCAUUACGGUACAUAUAUUUACGAUUAUGCAUUACAAUUGGCAAAUCGUUUUGAGAAUGAACCCACCUUUGGUUUAUUUUGGACAAAUUCAUUUAGCCAUAAUAGAUACGAUACAUCCGCAACAAUGGAUGUCAAAAUGUUGGAAUAUUUAAAAAUAUUCAAAACGAAUGGCAUCUUAGAAAAUUCUAUAGUUAUAUUCUUCAGCGAUCAUGGACGUAGAUUUGGCACCUUAGUAACGUUAGCUGGUGGUUUUUUAGAGGAACGUUUACCUAUGUUUUACAUAUCCUUACCAAAGUGGUUUAAAAAUCAAUAUCCGGAUUUUGUCAAAGCACUACAAAUCAAUCGUAAUCGUCUAACGACACCCUAUGACAUACAUAUGACACUGAAGCAUAUAUUAGAAUUAAGUCAGCCGGGUCUGACUUUACCAAUGGCAAACGGUUGUGCAAAAUGCCAAAGUAUUUUUCGUGAAGUACCGGUAAAUCGUAGUUGUGCUGAUGCUGGCAUACCAGAACAUUGGUGCACUUAUCAAAUGAAUUCUUACUUAAAAGACAAGACAUUAAGUAAGGUAUGCAGCGAACUGAAAUUAAAAGAUAUUAAUACGGCACACUUGAAAGUGGAAGAAGAUGAUGGAAUACAGUAUAACCCAACUUAUAGAAUUCGUUUUGUUGUAUAUCCGAAAAAAGCUAAUUAUGAAGCUACUGCAAUAUAUAAUCCUGUUAAGAGAAGUGUAGAAUUGAAUGUCGAGGAUAUAAGCUGUCUCAGUUCUUAUGAAAACGUAUCACAAUGCAUUAACGAUAAACAGGCGAAAAAAUACUGCAUAUGCAAGUGA